CCCACCACAACGGCCAUAGCAUCGGAGUGGGAACAGGAAUCCGUCGUUUGGGGGCACACAAUAAAUCUGUAACACUCGAUUUCCGCCGCAUCUGAGCCCAAGCUCAAACCCUUUCUUCGGCCGAAGCGCGCAUACGGCCGAACAUACCACCAUCUCGUCCGUGAGCGUCCGUGAGAUUACAAGCAUACCUUUGUCCUUCUGCGACACCACCCCAGUCGCAUUGUCUGUCAUGGCUGCAUCGGCGCUGAACGAGGAGCGAGAGCUUGCCAUCAACCCAAUCGUUGCAAGCAGCGUACAGCACAAUACCCAGGUCAUCUCCAACAUACGAAGUCUGACCGCAUCGCUCUUCGGCGUCGCCGCUGGCACACUAGGCCUCGAAUCUUACGCUGGCUUCAUCUUCUACCUACUGGCAUCGCUAGUCGUCUCGGCGCUGUUGUUUGCGUUGAAGACAGAGGGUAAGCCUAGCGCAUACUUUUAUAGUCCACUGGGAGAUUUGUGGUUGGGAGAUGUGUUUGGGGGGUUGAGCGGCUUUGUGCUGACUUGGACACUGUUCUAUGGUCUGGUGCGGGCGUAGAAUUUUGGGAUGGAUGCAGGAAUGUAUGCAAGAAGUUGAAGAAAAGAUACUCGGUUGCGACGAUGCAAAAAGGUGGAACGUCGCUUAAGAUAACUUGUUCGGUCCAGGAAGAUGCUCAAGUGAGAUGGAGGUCAACUAUGUCCAAGUUGGAAACUCGUCUGGGUGGGAGAGAACAGAGCUGUCUUCGAGGACAAAAGGCCUCACGAACCUCUUUGAGAGACGCAUUCCUGUAGUAGGAUAUGCUUCAUGAUAUCAGCUGCCGCAUUUUGCCCUUCUUUAGCAUGAUACCCCGUCCAAUCAAGCAUUCGGACUCUUCGUCUCAAGCGUGACCAGUUCGUGUUUGUGAAGUUAUAGAAUG